AUGAAGCGACAAGCAUAUGUUCAAGAGUUCGGGCUAUAUCGAAGCGACAUCCGCUAUAGGGAUGGCGGGAGAAUCUCUUCAUCCAUUGCCCAGACAACAAGUUUUGCUUUCAUUUUGCAUUUUCUAUAUUUCGAGCAUAAAUCUCUUUCAUUUCAUGGCUCAAUCAGAAAAAAGGACACGGCUGUGGUGCCACAACAUGAGGGCGCAAAGGAGCUUGACUCGAAAGUGCCGGUGACGAAGAAGGGGCUUCAGUUUUGGGCAAUUAUAUGUUCACUUUGUGUGACCAGCUUGCUUGGAGCUCUGGAAAUCACAGAGAUUGCUACAUCCUUCCCCACAAUCGUGCGAGCUUUGGAUAUCGGCGAUGGCUAUGUCUGGGUUACAAAUGCAUUAUUUUCUGACAAUCAACUAUUAUAUUUCAUCAGCGCCGCUGUGCAGCCGCUUUUCGGACAAUUUGUCGAAUCUUUUCGGAAGGGGAUGGGUGACGAUAUUCAUAAUUUCAAUAUCUGUAGCAUAGAGAUGCUCAUAACAGGACGGGCGGUUCAGCGGAUUGCGAUUAGCGGGUUCAACAUGAUUGUCGAUGUUAUAGUAGCCGAUCUCGUCCCAUUGCGGGAGCGUAGCAAUUAUAUUGCCAUUGUCUUGAUGGUAUUCCACAUCCGUUGUACUCUACGCCUCAACGUAUGGCGGCUCGCGAUAUCCCUGGUCAUCGUAGCGCAUAGUCAUCCCGCUCAUGAUGCGUCUUUGUGGUAUGGUUCUCUUUAUGGCCUAGGAGAGCUCGAGGUUUUGCAGGGAACUUGUGACACCUCCCCGGCUUUUCACACACCGCAUGUCAUUGGUCGUAUAUAUCAGCAAGUUCUCCCUGACUGA